AUGUCGGAGGUAUCGGAUACGUGUUCUCUUGCAUCGCCGGCUUCUGUAUGCAGGACCAAGCACCUGCACCUCCGCUGCAUCGUUGAUUUUACUCGUCGAACGCUGACCGGGACCGUCGCGCUCACUGUGGAGUCUCUGGAGGACAAUCUCCGCAGCCUGAAUUUGGAUACGAAGGAUCUUACAAUAGAAAAAGUGGUGAUCAAAGGACAAGAAGUCAAAUAUGCUCUUAGAGAAAGACAGAGUUACAAAGGAUCACCAAUGGAAAUCUUUCUCCCUGUUCCUCUGAGCAAAAAUCAAGAAGUCAUUAUAGAAAUUUCCUUUGAGACAUCUCCAAAUUCGACUGCUCUUCAGUGGCUCACACCUGAGCAAACUUCUGGGAAGGAACACCCAUAUCUCUUUAGUCAGUGCCAGGCCAUCCACUGCAGAGCAAUUCUUCCCUGCCAGGACACACCGUCUGUGAAGUUCACCUACAGCGCGGAGGUGUCUGUCCCUAAGGAGCUGGUGGCACUUAUGAGUGCUCUUCGUGAUGGAGAAGCUCCUGACCCAGAAGACCCCAGCAGGAAACUCUAUAGAUUCAGCCAAAAAGUUCCGAUACCUUCCUACUUGAUUGCUUUAGUUGUUGGAGCUCUAGAAAGCAGGCAGCUUGGCCCAAGAACAUUGGUAUGGUCUGAGAAAGAACAGGUGGAAAAGUCGGCUUACGAAUUUUCUGAGACUGAAUCCAUGCUUCAAAUUGCAGAAGAUCUGGGAGGACCGUAUGUAUGGGGGCAGUAUGACCUAUUGGUCCUGCCACCCUCCUUCCCCUACGGUGGCAUGGAGAAUCCUUGCCUUACUUUUGCAACUCCUACACUCCUGGCAGGUGACAAGUCACUCUCCAAUGUUAUUGCACAUGAAAUAUCUCACAGCUGGACAGGAAAUCUGGUGACUAACAAAACUUGGGAUCACUUUUGGUUAAAUGAAGGACAUACUGUGUACUUGGAACGCCAUAUUUGUGGACGAUUGUUUGGGGAAAAGUUUAGACAUUUUCAUGCUCUGGGAGGAUGGGGAGAACUACAGAAUACGAUAAAGAAUUUGGGGGAUACACAUCCUUUCACCAAGCUUGUGGUCGAUCUCAAGGCUGUAGACCCUGAUGUGGCAUAUUCUUCAGUUCCCUAUGAGAAGGGUUUUGCUUUACUCUUUUACCUCGAACAACUUCUUGGAGGACCAGAGAUUUUCCUAGGAUUUUUAAAGGCCUAUGUUAAGAAGUUUUCUUACAAGAGCAUAACCACUGAUGACUGGAAGGACUUUCUCUAUGACCACUUCAAAGACAAGGUUGAUAUUCUCAAUCAAGUUGAUUGGAAUGCGUGGCUGCAUGCUCCUGGCGUGCCUCCUGUAAAACCCAAUUAUGAUAUGACUCUGACAAAUGCUUGCAUUACCUUAAGUCAAAGAUGGAUUACUGCCAAAGAAGAUGAUUUAAAUUCUUUCAGCGCCGCAGACCUGACAGAUCUCUCUUCACAUCAGUUGAGUGAGUUUCUGGCACUGGUGCUCCAGAAAGCACCUCUUCCGUUGGGCCACAUAAAGCGCAUGCAAGAGGUGUACAACUUGAAUGCCGUGAACAAUUCUGAAAUACGAUUCAGAUGGUUAAGGCUCUGCAUUCAAUCGAAGUGGGAGGAAGCAAUUCCUUUGGCUCUGAAAAUGGCAACUGAACAGGGAAGAAUGAAGUUCACACGACCCUUAUUUAAGGAUCUCGCUGCCUUUGACAAAUCCCAUGAUCUAGCCGUCUGCACCUACCAGCAGCACAAAGCAAACAUGCAUCCCGUGACGGCCAUGCUGGUGGGAAAAGACUUAAAAGUGGAUUAGGAUCUGCCUGUGACUGACUUCUGAAAAGUUGCUUUUUAAAAUCGAAUUCAUAAAAAAAUAUGACGCUUCCGCUCAUAGUGUAAUUAAAAGUGUUUUCUUGGUUUGGGCUUUAAAAAUUUUUUUGUCAGUAAUUUUGUGAAAAUAAAGCUGAGCUACAUUUUUAAAAAGUGGUGUGUGUUCUUUGCGAAGUAAAUUUUCACGAUGUUUAAUCUUU